AAAAACGCUGAGAUCUGAUGUGCUUGUUUUUAGCUACGAUUGGAUGCCUGUAGUUCCAAGUGGCAAACUCAAUUUCUUUAUUAAUGUAUGUACCAUCUUAAAAAUAAGUUAAUUUUAUACUAUUAGUACUUAUUACACAUACGCAGUCCAAUCUACUGAAACAACAUUCAUUUAUCAGCAAAUAUUGACAAUGAAGUAUCAAGCGUUGUUUUUAUCAAAAUUGAUUCGGACGUUCAUAAUUACGCCGUAUUACUACUGCGCAACUCUGAUCAGAUGGGUACUUUGAUUGGGUAUUGCACACGAGGCCCCGCCUUUAUGUGUUACAGACGUAAAUUAUAAAUGUCGGAAAAAGCAAUCUACCGUCGCUUCGAUUUAAAAAGAGGGGAUUGGUACCCGUUUCAGGUAGGAUUAUAUGGUUAAUUGUAGUUGGGUGUAGCAGAAAUAUUAUAAAUAACAAUAACCAAUCGUUUUUUUGAUGAAAAUUAUUGUCAAUUUUGUUUACAAAUGCCGGGUGCGAAUCACUCCCGCAUGUGCUACAUUGAAGGUAAUGGCAUCAUCUCUUAUCUCGAAACACGGAGGGUUGAGAGAUUAAGGUUUGUUAUCUAAAAUUUACCCAGUACUAGGCUAUUGCCUUUAAUAUCAAUUUAUAUACAUGUAUAUGUACGUGACUCACACAGAAAUAGCCUGUUAAUCAGUAGAUACCACUGAAUUAUUAUUGACAUUAUUUAUUGGACUUAGAUCCUGAUUUGAUAAGGUCUAUACGAUAAUAUUUACCUUGAUUAAUUAUGAUCAACCACUUUCAGUGUGUUCGACUUUGAUGUGUUGGAAGACUUUACUAGGAGUGAACUGCGCGUAGGCCUAUAGUAAAUAAGAUUCUACGUUGGAGGGUCUGUGAAAUCCAGAAAGUAAAUCGUGGUGAAUACCUAAAGCUCUCGCGAUGUUGCAGAAAAUAGCAAUUUAUUUAGCUGUGCUGGUUUAUUGUGUUGAAGGUUUGGGGGGUGGGUGUAUACUCCAAGGAUCAGGACUUGGUAAUGAAUAUUCUGUAGAGGCAACGGCUCUGAGAUACCAAGAAGAGAUUCAUCUAGGAAGUGGACCUGUUCAAGGAAUACAUCUUUCGCUCACGGGUCUAAAACAGACGGUCGUAACAUGGCUGAAUCCAACACCUUAUAAGUCUGGAAACUUUCAGCCAACAUGCAACUUUGGGGAGAGUGCUUUGGUAUUGAAUUAUACCACUGGAGGUGAAGCAUAUACUUAUCCUGAUGGGAUGUUUCAGAUGACACUCAAUAAAGUAAGGUUAAAUUUUAGCGCAUUCGUCGGUAAUACAGUAUAUUAUAAAUGUGGCGAUAUCAGAUUUGGCUAUAGUCCUAUUUAUAAUUUCACAAUGCAAAAAAAAUAUACUGAGAAAAGAUUACUAUAUAAACUAAGAAAUGAAAGUCCUCCAUACUUUGGUGUGAUUGAUUCCUCGGAUGCAUUUGUUGCAGUUAUUGGGGACCACGGAGUCACACGGGGGGAAGAUACAGCUAACAAUAUAGCAGAUCACGUUAAAAAUGAUAACCUCCAGCUUAUUGUACAUGCUGGUGAUAUCAGCUAUGCUGAUAAAUUUGGAGGUGAAACCCAUAACAAUAGUUAUAUAUGGGUCAGCUACAUGAAUCUUCUGCAACCAGCAACAGCUUAUGUACCAUAUAUGACAACCCCUGGAAACCAUGAACGUCAAUAUAACUUUUCUGCUUACUUAAACUGGCUUGGAAAUAGCAUGCCAUACAGCGAGAGUGAGUCAGGUUCCCCUUUUUGGUAUUCAUUUGACUACAUGGGAAUUCAUUUCGUAGCAUUUUCUACUGAACACGACUUUAUGCCCAAUUCAACUCAGUACCAUUGGAUGGAAAAGGACCUACUAAAGGCCAAUAGCAAUCGUGUAAAUAGUCCAUGGAUUGUUGUGUUUGGGCAUCGACCUUUAUAUUGCACUUCAUUAAUUUGUAUGGAGCGAUGUGAGAAAGAAGCACCUGUGUUCAGAAGUUACCUGGAGGAUCUUUUAUAUCAGCAACAUGUUGAUGUCGUAUUUGCUGGACACAAUCAUCAAUAUGAACGAUCUUAUCCGGUUUAUAAACUGAAACCUGUACAGCUAGAUUAUAAAAACCCCAAGGCACCGGUUUAUAUAGUUAAUGGAGCAGCAGGCAACCCUGAAUUAAAUGAUCCAUCUUUCCGAUUAAAAGUAGAUUGGCGGGCUUUUGACGAUGUAACUUUUGACACCGGGUAUAUUUUAAUGCAACCCACGCAGACCGAACUCCGUUUUCAAUAUAUGAACAGCAACAAGAAGAAAAUUGUGGACCAGUUUGUGAUAAGUAAAGCAUCUUCCCUGGAUGUCUGAAUAAUAAUACACAAUAUUACAAUACAUGUCAUUGCAUUAUUUUACAUAUAAUAAUUAAAAUAUUUUUGUGUU